AUGGACUCAGGCGAAGUCAUCGACCUCACUCAGAGUGACGAUGAACAGCCUGCGAGUACACGUACUGUACCAACAACACGCCGUGCACCAACAAGAAGACCCGCGAUACCUGCUGCCGUGGAGAUCAUUGAGGUAUCCGAAGACGAAGACGAUGCUCAAACUGAAGACGACUACGGCGCAUUAGACGGAAACCUUGUCGGACCACCUCCAGCGACCGGUCCACAGCAGAAUGAAUUGCCGACUGAGCUGCCACCAUCACCCCACCUACGCGCACCUGCAGUCUCCCGUCGCGACGCACCUUUCAGUAGAGCGGAAGUUGUGCUACACAUGUUCACGGAUGGCUCAUUGAUCAACAACCGUUUCGGUGGGGCUGGUGUCUCGUGGCGAGAUCACCGGAAUACCUGGCAUGGCCGUGCCAUCGCUGUAGGCAGGGCGAGGAGUAGCAACGAGGCAGAAUUGCAUGCGGUUCUUGAAGGCUUGAAGGCGGCUCAUGCGAUCUUGGAUCGUCGACCGGAUGUCACAAAAGUCAUUGUUCAGACCGAUUCUGAGACUUGCUUGAUCGACCUAGCCCGAGCACGCGCCGCAGGUGGCGGUCAUUACGGCCUACUGGACGAAACGCUCCGGCAAGAAACACUUCUGAAGAGCCGGGUAGCCCAGGACGUCAAGAUAUGGUGGGUCAAGGGUCACUCGGACAGCGUCGGGAAUGAUAUCGCAGACAAUUUGGCGAGGUACGGUGCUGAGCAGGCUCGGGCAUCGCCUGCUACUUGGGGCAUGAUGACGGAGAAUCCUCCUUCGGCAAAGCUUGACCAAGCUAAUCGGCUGCGGCAUGGUGACAGAAAGCCUCGAAAGGGCGUGGCAGCACCGCAGACGCGUCGUGCGCAGAAGGAGGCGGUACGUCGUGCGAGGGGAGGACAGAUAGCUUGA